AUGGUCCGCAUCAAGGCUUUUGUCAAACUUACGAUUAUAUUUUGUUUCCUGACAACAUUUGAGCAAUACGAAAGCUUGAAUACUUCAAAACUCAAUGAGGUUAAACGUCAAGAUGUUCAUAAUACAAGCUCGGUGCAAGAGAGGCAAUGGUUUAACCCGAAGAACGAUUUGACAAAAAAUAGCGAAUUCAUGAAUGUAAGUAACGAAAUUAAUGAAAGUUUUACUGGAUCUAGCAGUAGAGUUGCAGAGUAUGCCAUCAAUGAUUUUGAAAGAAAAAAGGAGCGAGGUUACUCUACAGAGGACAAAGAUGAUAGAAGAAUAAGGAGAGAUUUUAAAACUUGGACAAACGCAACUAGUGUGCCAGGAAAUUGUCAAAUUCCUGAACUAUCAUGCCAAGACUGCUGUGAGUAUAAAAGUUCGAAUCAUUGCCAUCAUAAUGCAAGCAUUUGUUUCUGCGAUUCUCAUUGUACUUUCUAUAACGACUGUUGCGCUGAUUACAGAAUAUAUUGUGGAAACAAACAGCACAUUUCGUUUGGCGUUUCUCAACAAGAUCUUUCUUGUAUAAAACCAAACUAUGUCGUUUUGUAUUCUAAUAUCUAUCCAAUUUGGGUAGUUAGCAAAUGUCCAAGAGGCCAAAAAUCCGAAGAGAUAAUACGAAACUGUGAAAUCGCUGAUGACGUGCAAUUGAAUAUAACAACUUUACAAAAUCUCGUGCCGGUGAUAGAUAAGAACAAUUUGAUUUACAGGAACGAAUUUUGUGCGAAAUGUAACGGUAUUGAGCGUUUUGAAUAUUUCACCAAAAGUAUAGAAUGCGAUAUUGUCCCGCCUGUAUUCAUUACCUCUGUCACUGAGAUGGCUGAAUUUGCUUCGAGAUACUGCAGAAUAUCCAUUUUACAAAUGGGUAAUCAAACUUUGCGGCGCUGUUAUCGAUAUCAAGCACAGGCUGAUCCUAGUCAACAAACGAUGAGAGAAAAAUGCGUUUCUAAAUUGUUUUUAUGUCAAUUUACUCGUGAUCUCGAAGAUUAUCCAAAAACGUACAAUCAAUGCCUAUCAUCACUUCAGUUGGAUAACAAUGAUGAACAGACGAUCUCUGAAGUAGGAAUUAGUGGACAAGGAGGUCGUGUACAACCUGCUACAACUAAUUUCCUUGUCACAUUUGAUGUAUCGGAGCGUACACCUAUCCGCCAUGUGCAAAAAACAUAUUGCUCGAGUAAAGCGGGAGAAUUUUAUGAUCCGUAUCUUGAAAUAUGUAGGCUUGGUAAGACUAUACCACUAGUAAAACAAAACCUUGAAAGGUACGAUGUUGUCGUCUGGCUUGACGUCGGUGACUCUGUUCACAAUGACGGUCCGCAAAUUACAAAAGAAAUCAUUUCUUGUCUAGCACAACUGUUUAGCUUCGAAUUACUCUCUCAGGUUAAUAAAGUAAGAGAAAUAGGAAUCAAAAAUCGUUUCACAAAGGUCGUGCGUUUUGACCUACAGCUGACCAACGAACAGACCUUACGUUUAGGUAAAGCUAAUUACACCAAAGCGGACGAUGCGGUAUUACGUUUAAGGAAUGGUACAAAGAAUAUAACAACUAUUUUUCCCCUUCAAAGACUUUUGUUCUUCUCCGGAAAAUUUUACUUGACAGUUUAUGGCGAGACAUUUACUGUAAUCAAAACAACUUCCCGCCAACUCGCUUGCAUUCGGAAACAGACAUAUUCGCAAGGUACCUACACUUCAGUAAAAAACGGAAAGUACUAUUACAUUAAUUCAACAAACAAAAUGUUUCCUAAAAGCCAAGUUUUCUCUGAAGAGGAUACGAACAAAAGUAUUUCUGUUUGUGAGCACAUUGUUCCCUCAACUUGUGUCGGACGACGAAUCAAUUUAACCUCGAAGGAGUACAUGAAGUUUGACAAUUUGAGCAUUUUUUUCCAUAGAACAAAAACGAUCUACGAUUUUGGUGAGUACGAUAUCGAAGACGGAAAUAUUUUCAUGUGUAUUCGCGAAAAUCCAGCUACGCUGAUUCUUUUGCAACUGAGCGAUUCUCUUUUUAUCAAAACAUAUUUAACUAUGAUUUGCCUCGUUUUAUCCAUCGUUUGUUUAUUUCUGGUCAUCCAAACAUAUUUGAUAUUUCCCGAGCUUCGCAAUCUGCCUGGAAAAAACCUUCUAAGUUUAUCAAUUUCUCUAUUCCUGGUGCAGUUGCUGUGGUUAAUACCCGAUGGAUGGUUCACGUCCAUAUUAUGUCACGUGGUAGCAGUUACAAGACACUACUUAUUUCUCGUAUCAUUUGUUGCCAUGGCAGCAAUUGCGUGGGAUACACAUUCGGCAUUUACAGGCGAAGAGUUUCAAAGGCGAAGGAAUGAAAUAAAGAAAGGUGGAAAUAAGAAAUUUUACAAAUACUCGGCGAUCGUCUGGGGUCUUCCAGCCGUGCUUGUUGCUCUAUGCGUAGUGUUUGACCAGAUAGGUAUUUACGCAGUAUAUGUUAAUGAUCACUUCUGCUGGUUUGAUAAUAUACAACCACAAAAGUAUCUCUUCGUCCUUCCAGUGGGUCUCGUUCUGCCCUUCAAUGUCAUAUUCUUCGCUCUAACUGUAUUUCGUAUCCAACUUUUACGCUCUGACACAAGACUAAUCCGCUCGGAUCAAAGUCAUCGAACAAUGCUUUGGAUCUUUCUCAAGCUAUCCACAUUGAUGGGAUUCUGUUGGUUGUUUGGUUUCAUCCAUCUACUCGUGAAAACAUCAACUCCUGUCUUCUCGUACUUGUUCGUGAUUUUCGCAUCACUACAAGGCGCCUACAUCGCACUUGCUUUUGUAAUGAAGAAAAAAAUUUGGACCUUGUAUAAGAAUCGGUUUAAAAGAAAUCCCAAGAAACCGGACUUUGAUUAUACUAGUGAUUUUCUAGUAAACCUGAGGAGCAGCAAGGAAACAGCAUUGUAA